AUGUGGGAGCAUAUCAUUCGGACAAGCAACUCAUGGGACCUUCCGUGGAUCCUAACAGGCGACUUCAACGCAUUUGGAAACCCAGAAGAGAAAAGGGGAACCUGCACCCCUAGAGACUUAAGACAUUGCAGGAGGUUCAUGUGCUGGGUGAAUGAAGCCGGCCUUACUGAUAUGGGAUUCUCGGGACCGCGCUAUACCUGGUUUAGGGGUGAUUCGGCUUCGACGCAUAAAGCUAGCCGAAUUGAUAGGUCUUUGUGCAAUAAUUUAUGGAAUAUAUCCUUUCCAAACACGUUGACUCAGCACCUUCCAAAAUUCCAGUCGGAUCAUCUCCCAGUUCUUUCUAAAUAUGUGAUGAUGACGCCUUCCAAUUCAGUCUCGAGGCCGUUUCUUAUCGAGGCGGCCUGGCUAUUGCACCCGCAACUCAAUGACUUCUUGCAAGCGAGCUGGAACACGGAAGCAGCUCUACCUACUUCUCUGGUCGAGUUGGGGGAUAAGCUGCAGCAAUGGAAGACGGACAUUUUUGGUUCUACUAGUCGCAAGAAGAGGAUGCUCAUGGCCAGGUUGCAAGGGGUCACGAAUAGGCUGGCAAAUUCCUACACUCCAGGGCUUAUGAAACUUCAAAUCAAGCUGGAAAGAGAGCUGGAUCAGGUUAUAGCACAAGAAGAGUUAUUCUGGUUCCAGAAAGCAAGUGAAAAAUAG